AGUUACUUUUUAAUUAAAAGUUGCUAAAAGGUAAUACGAUUUAACGCUUAGGAUUAGAUUAUCGCAAAAAGCUUUUCCCUAGUCUUGCGAAAAUAAAUCUUGUUAAACAUUUUUAGUAUUAAACAUUAAGAAGCACAGUAAAAGCCAAUUAAGUUGUGUCCUAUUUGUCGUGGUCAGUUUUGUUCGACAUAUUUAAAAACAUGUUUAAUCGUUGGCGUUACUCACGAAGGGUUCAUGGCUAAACUGAGGUGAAAUGUCCUUUCCAAAUACACACCUAUAUAUGCAUGUACAAAGUAACAAGUCAAGUACCUACAAACUAUUCCGUAAGUCAUAAAUAUUUUGCGAUUUCGCAAUGGCCAGCACAUAAUAGUUAAACUUUUCACGGCAAGGUGUGUAUAAGUGCGAUAUCAGUAUCAAUAAAAUAAUUCAUAAUGUACAAGGCAAUCUAAUGCAUAUGUCAAACAUGUAAUUUCUGAAAGCGACCUUUAAAAAAAUUAGAAAGUUCUCAAAUUAAAAACAAUUGCAAGAGUAUUUUUAAAUAGCACAAAAUAAAACCGAAAACUUUAUUAUCAAACGAUAGCUUAAUUAAUUCAAAUAACUUAUUUCGAUCAAUAAAUCUUCACCUACUUACACUUAAAUAUUUUCUGUUUUACGAUAAUGAUUAGCUGUUAAUUAAUUUUUAGCAUCAUUGAAAAAUAAUUACUGCAUCCAUAAAUCCCAAAAAGGUUUAACAAAAAUCAUACUUAAUAACUAAUCUUGAGCGUCUACAUUGUUCAACAACACUUUUGUGCAAAGAAAAACAAAAAGAAUAUUAAAAAAAAAGCGCGUUAAAUAAAAAAAGACUGCAUGCAAAACAAAAAACUAAAAACAAUGUUGCAACUCUCCCAAUCGAGUGGGCAUUGUUUUAAUGCAGCGUGUCGAUAUUUUUGAACCUAUAUUUAACGCGAAUGCAAUAUUAUACAUACACUUUCUAAAUACUUAAAUAAGAAAUAGAAAAGUGAACACAUUAACUAUUAUAUAAAUAUAUGCUAGAUAUAAAAUGAGGGAAAGGUGAUAAUCAACAAGAUAAUAUUGAUAUAAUAAUAAGCUAAUUUCUCAUAAGUUACCCAAAGAAACACCUUAUAUAUAUUCAUACAUAUAGGUAUGUACUUAUGCAUGUGAUUAACCGAUACGCUACGAAUUAAAUAAUUUAAUUACAUCAAAAUGUAGGUGAAGUACAAGUACUUUGGUAUAAUAAGCGCAAAGAGAAAGAAAUUGCAAUUCGAUUACACAAUACAUUCACAUUUCUACUGUCGCUUAUCGAGUGCAAGUAAUAAAGUAAAAAGCAGGCACUUUAAAGACCACAAAUACUGAAAACAAUUUAUAUGUAAUCAGUUAUUAUUCACGUAGUUUUAGUACGUACCUAUAAUCAUGACAAAAACAAAACAUUUACAAAAUCGAUUGUUUUUUAUUUUAAGAGACUAAAUCUAAAGAAAAACCUUUAAAAACAAUAUUACAACUUCUUCAAGAUUCUCUUAAUAUGUAAUAUUGUGUUAUAUGAAGUAUUACCUUGAAAAUUAUCUUGGCACAGGGUGCUUUAAAAAUGCACCAUUUUCGCGUAUAUUAAAAGUUAUUAAUUCCGAGUCGUAAAUAUUUCACUUUCUUCGUCACGGUUACACGGUAAAAACUGAGUCUCGUCUGAUAAACAAAUAAAUGCCCUUUAAAUGAUUUAGAGGACAAUUCGGGUGUAAUGUUGGAACAAAAAACAUUUACCUACUACAAAAUAAGCUAGGAUGAUUUUCAUCUGUUAUUUAUUUGUUUCUUGUAAUAGGUAUCAUCUCGCUUUUAAUACGUUUGUAAAAGCUAAAAUAAUUACCUUUUCAAGGUUGUCUUUAUUUAUUUAUUUAUUAUUUAAAGGAGUUUAAAGCUUUCAUACAAAAUAAAAUUAAGUAGAAAAAAUACUGAUUAUUUUUUAUACAAAUUUUGCGUAACAAACGAUCCUAAAAAAAUUCGGCACUUUACAGACAUAACUAAGAAAAGCCUGAAGUCAGUAGUGCUUCAAGGUACUAUUUUUAAUUUUUUAUUGGUCACAAAGUAAUUUCAGACAAUGAAAAUUAUUCGAGUAUAAGAUAACAUAAUUAAUUACGUAUUGACUGCCUUUUUUCUACUUAAUAAUCGAUUGUUUUCACGCCAGCGUUUUUGUUCGUUCGUAUUUCUGAAUGAAACUGUUUUCUUUUUGUUACUGUUGUUACUCCCCCUUUUACCGGCUCCCCAUUGUUAUUUUCGCAAGCUGCAACAAUGAACUUAUAAAGCCCUUUUCGUAUUAAUUUUACCUCCAGUUCGUACAGUUGUACGGUGUAUUUGGCUUAAGAAACUUUCACGCUGUCGUAAAAUGAUAGCCAUCAACGAACUUAGUUUUUUCGUGUCCUGCCUUCUAAGUCAGCUACCGGGACCGCCCGCUAUCUCGUACCAGGACUCCAACUUACAACUGUGGCCUAUCGAUAAGACCAAAUGUAAAUUCAUAGAUCCGGUAAGGGACAUAUCGUUUCAACUGUACACCCCACAUAAUCCCCUUUUCCCGGAAACAAUUAAAAUAGGGGACGACGCUCUUUUAGCCGCUUCCCAUUUCGAUUUUAGUAAACCUACAAUUAUAUAUUUUCACGCGUUUCUAGAGUCGUCCAAUUCCGGUUCAGCUGUUACUGUAAGAAACGCAUUUUUGUUUCGUGGUACCCACAAUGUCAUAACGCCCAACGCGGCUCGAUUAGAAGCCGGACCAUGGUAUUUAACAGCCGCAAAAAAUACCAUGGUCGUGGGGGCCUACACGGCCCAAUUAAUCGACUAUUUAGUUUCCAAAGGUAUGAUCCUGGAGGGUGUCCAUUUGAUUGGACACAGUCUUGGGGCCCAAAUGGCCGGGGUGUGCGGCGCCAACGUUAGAAGCGGUCGAAUUCCACGAAUUACAGGUUUAGAUCCUGCGGGACCUUUAUUUACCUUCGUACCUGAUAGUUUAAGAUUAGAUCCUGGCGACGCGGAAUUUGUGGAUGUAAUCCAUACGGAUGCCGGGGUUUUCGGGUUUCCCCGGUCGAUGGCUCACGCCGAUUUUUGGCCCAACGGGGGCGCAGCAGUUCAACCAGGGUGUCUUCAUAGCGAAAUCAAAACCAGAAGCCCCGAUGCAGUAAUUGAAACAGCUUUCUGCAGCCAUUGGAGGUCUUAUCAGUUUUUUGCAGAAUCCGUACUCAAUCCCCACUCGUUCCUAUCCCAACAGUGUGAUAACUGGAAACAGUUUUUUACGGGACAAUGCACGGGAAUCAUCACUAAUAUGGGUUUAGGGGUUUCCCGCAGGGUAAGGGGGGACUUUUUCCUGCAAACCAGGGACAUGUACCCAUUUUCUAUUAAAUAACGAAUUAUCUAUCGGAGAGAAGAAUAUGCCAAAGUUUUUGUUACUAAUUAAUAAUAAAAUUAAAAAAUAAUAUCUUAAUAUGUGUUUAACGAGGGAAUUGAAACAGUUGAUGAUGUUGUUAGUCUCUGAUAAAUUGAGGACAUGUAAAGAAAACACUGUUAAUUAGUUUA